AUGGGUUUGUUUUCCAAGGCCGCCCCUGAAGGGGAUAUAACUGCUGUUGUCCCAGAGAUUGCCGACGAAAAGGGCAAUGGACACAACGAUGCUGCCGUCGAAAAGUCCGACUUCAACAGUGACGUGGAUAAAGAUGCGCAGGAUGGUGUUCAGAAGAUCGAGGCUGCAGCCAAAGUCUGGUCGAAAUGGCACAUGGUCGCCGCCUAUCUGAUUAUCUGGCUCAUCUAUUUCAUUACAUCGAUCGAAGAAGUCGUCACCGGAGCCCUCAACCCCUUUGUCACCAGCUCUUUCCAGCAACAUUCCCUGACAGCGGCUACUGGUAUCAUGGCCAGCUUGUUUGGUGGACUCACAAAGCUUCCCCUGGCCAAGAUUCUCGACACUUGGGGUAGACCUCAGGGCCUGCUUCUCACUUUGUUUAUUUGGGUAAUUGGAUUCAUUAUGAUGGCCUCAUGCAAAAACGUCGAGACUUACGCGGCCGCCCAAGUCUUUUCAUCCAUUGGAGCCCAGGGCGUCAGCUACUGCAUCACCAUCUUCAUCGCCGAUACCACCUCCCUACUCAAUCGACCCUUGAUGCUUGCCUUUGCAACAUCUCCUUAUAUCGCCACCACUUUUGCUGGUGGACCAAUUUCAGAUAGUGUCAUCGCCCAUAUCGGCUGGCGAUGGGGCUUUGGAAUUUGGGCUAUUGUGACCCCAGUCGUCGUCGGUCCCCUCGGAAUACUUUUCAUCUGGAACCACCUCAAAGCUCGCAAGCAAGGUUUGCUGGAGUCGAAAUCCGGUCGGCUUACUCUUGCUUCGUUCAAGAAAUACUGCAUUGAUGUUGAUCUGAUUGGUAUCCUCAUUCUUGCUACUGGAAUGGCCCUGUUUCUGCUUUCCUUUUCGAUCUACUCGUAUCAGGCUGAGCAGUGGCGUGCGCCAAUCAUCAUUGCUUUCAUUAUCGUUGGCGCUCUUCUCAUUAUCACCUUUGUAUUUUACGAAGCAUACCUGGCCCCAGUCAAGUUUGUUCCAGUAGACUUGCUCAUGGACCGGACAGUAUUUUUCGCAGGCCUCAUGUUCCUCUUCGUGUUCGCCAAUUCGGCCAUCUGGGGCAGUUACUUCAGCUCCAUGCUGUUAGUCGUCUGGAACACUGGUAUUACCAAAGCCACCUACAUCGGCAACAUUUACCGCGUCGGCUCCUGUUUCGCGGCUCUCCUUCUUGGCUUUUUCAUCCGCCUGUCUGGCAGGUUCAAGUGGUCCGCGACGUUGUACGCGCUUCCCCUCAUGCUUCUUGGCGUCGGUCUCAUGAUCAAAUUCCGACAGGCUGACCAGAGCAUUGGCUAUGUUAUCAUGACCCAGAUUUUCGUUGCCUUCGCUGGUGGUCCCAUGGUCGUCGCUGGAGAGAUGGCCAUGAUGGCUCCUUCGGACCACCAGCAUGUUGCCGUCAUCAUGGCUAUUCUCGACCUCUUCUCCAGCAUUGGUAGUGCUGUUGGAUCAACUAUUGCUGCUGCCAUCUGGACAGGCACAUUCAAGAAGAAUUUGAUCAAGAAUCUUCCAGCUGGUGCUCCAGUAGACGCAAUCUUUAGCAGCAUCUAUACCCAACUUGGAUAUCCUGAAGGCACAGCUAUUCGACAUGGGAUUUCCAUUGCGUAUGGAGAGUCUCAACGUCUCAUGCUCAUCACAAGUGUAUGCUUCAUAGUGGUUGGCUGGGGUUGUACUUGGAUGUGGCGAGAUAUAAAACUUCGCGACGUUAGACAGACUCGUGGUAAUGUCAUCUAG